GUUUUUCAAAUCAGUCACAACUUCUUCACCAAACUGUCAACCCUCUCGCUAAAAUUCAUUCCUUCGCAUCUAAGUUUUCUUCUUUCUUCUUUCUUCUUUCUUCUUCUCAAUCCCUCUCCUUUCAUCUAUAAAACCAUCUAUAGAUGCAUUAUUAUAAUCUCAUCACAGCAAAUCAAAUAGUCAAUACACCAAAAAUGGAAGCUACUGGUGAGAUUUUUGUUGUACCAGCCUUUGGGCAGGGCCAUCUCUUCCCUUGCAUGGAGCUCUGCAAGCAACUCUCCACCCGCAGCUACAAGACCACCCUCAUCAUCUCCUCCAAUCUCUCCUCCUCUAUCCCCUCCUCCCUCCGCCACCAUCCUUUUAUCGAAAUCGCUGAAAUCACAGCCGCCUCUUCUCCACCACCUCCUCUGCCCUCAAUGGCAGCAGGACCCGGACCCGGAACUAACCCAUUUCACCAUCGCCGCCAACAAAUGGGUGAAGGCAUCAAGGUCCUUUUAGAGACCCGGUUUCCCAACCCGGGUUUUACCCGACCCGUGUUAGCCGUGCUUGACGUCAUGGAGAGCUGGAGCAAAGAAAUCUUCACCCAAUUCAACAUUCCGGCCAUCUCUUUCUUCACCUCCGGUGCGUGCGCUGAAGCCAUGGAAUUCGCGGCAUGGACGGCCCAUGUGGAUGAUAUACAACCGGGUGAGAUCCGGAUGCUUCCUGGGUUACCGAAAGACAUGGCCAUGACUUAUUCGGAUAUCAAACAGCGUCCUCACAGGCCUCCACAUAUGGGUGGUAAAGGUGGUCCACCAGGACCGGGCGGUCUAGCUGCCCAAUUACCCGGGCCGCAGGGAGGGAUGAAAUUUGGGCCUCCCCGACCGGGUCAAAGGCCAAUGUGGGUGGAUGAAAUCGAGGGUUCAAUCGCGUUGUUGAUCAACACUUGUGAUGAUCUGGAGCGUCCGUUCAUCGACUACGUGGCAAAUCAGAUUGGAAAACCAGUGUGGGGUGUUGGACCGCUAUUGCCAGAACAGUAUUGGAGUUCGGCCGGUUCAAUCCUUAGCGAUCGUGAGAUCAGACCAAAACGCCAAUCAAAUUACACGGAAGAGGAAGUGAUCCAAUGGUUAGAUUCAAAGCCACGUAAGUCUGUCAUCUACGUGUCAUUUGGAAGUGAAGUUGGGCCCACUUUAGAAGAAUAUGCCCAAUUAGCAGAAGCUUUGGAGGAGUGGACUGGAUCAUUUAUUUGGGUGAUUCAACCCGGUUCAGGUAGACACGGUCCACCCCGUGCCAUGUUGGGUGACAAACCCGAUUCAGAUGCCACAGAAGAAGGUUACUACCCUCAUGGCUUGGAAGGUAAAAUUGGAGACAGGGGUCUGAUAAUACGAGGAUGGGCACCACAGCUGAUGAUACUGAGCCACCCAUCAACGGGUGGAUUUCUAUCACACUGUGGAUGGAACUCCACAGUGGAGGCGAUCGGACGUGGGGUCCCCUUUUUGGCGUGGCCCAUUAGGGGUGACCAAUUCCAUGAUGCCAAGUUGGUGGUGAACCACCUUAAGGUGGGGUACAUGGUGUCCACCGGUGAUCAGACGGUUAAGAAGGAGGCUAUCAUGGAAGGAAUUGAGAAGCUAAUGGCUGAUGAAGAGGUUCAAAGACGUGCCGAAGCGUUGGCCGGCAAAUUCAAUGGUGGUUUUCCGACAAGUUCCGCGGCUGCUUUGGAUGCUUUUCGAGAUUUUAUUAGUCAAAAAGCAACCUAAAUAAUAAUUGACAAGCUUAUGUUACAAGUCCAUUUUGUACAAAGCUUUUUCAAAUAGAAAGAUAGUUUACAUGGUAAUUUGUAACGGUGACACAUAGUGAAAUGACGAGGGAUCUACUACAUUUAUGUUACAAGUCCUCUCUUGCAUAUGGUGAGUGAAAUCUGUUUAUAUAAUUUGCAUGUUGUUUCCUUUGUA